CAAUCGGAGAAACUCAUGUUGACACUGUUCUGCGCAUGCGCAAGCUCCACCUGCUCAUGUGUUUCUUGCGCAGGCUCCGGUGGAGGUCACUGUGAUCAUUCAGCGCAGCGGGACUGUCACUUUGUUGUCAUGGCGAAGCUCUUUGAGUCCAUUGGGAAGCUGGGAUUGGCCUUGGCCAUUGGAGGAGGUGUUGUUAACUCUGCUCUGUACAAUGUGGAUGCGGGACACAGGGCCGUCAUCUUUGACAGGUUUCGAGGUGUUCAGGAUGUUGUUGUUGGGGAAGGCACACACUUCCUUAUACCCUGGGUGCAGAAGCCAAUCAUCUUCGACUGCAGGUCUCGACCACGCAACGUACCCGUCAUUACCGGUAGCAAAGAUUUGCAGAAUGUGAACAUCACACUGAGGAUCCUGUUCAGACCGGUUGCAGGACAGCUGCCGCGCAUUUUCACCAGUAUCGGAGAGGACUAUGAUGAGAGAGUUCUGCCCUCCAUCACCACUGAAGUGCUGAAGUCUGUAGUGGCCCGUUUUGAUGCGGGUGAGCUGAUCACUCAGAGAGAGCUGGUGUCCAGACAGGUCAGUGAGGAUCUGACAGAAAGAGCUUCCACCUUCGGCCUCAUUCUAGAUGACGUCUCACUGACACAUCUGACGUUUGGCAAGGAGUUCACUGAGGCUGUGGAGAUGAAGCAGGUCGCACAGCAGGAGGCCGAGAGAGCCAGAUUUGUUGUGGAGAAGGCGGAGCAGCAGAAGCAGGCGGCCAUCAUCUCAGCCGAAGGAGACUCUCAGGCUGCGCUGCUAAUCGCCAACUCUCUGGCUGAAGCUGGCGAUGGUUUGGUGGAGCUCAGGAAGCUGGAGGCGGCAGAGGACAUCGCUUUCCAGCUCAGCCGCGCUCGUAACGUCACCUACCUCCCGUCCGGACAAGGGACACUCCUGCAGCUCCCACAGUGACCCCAAACCUAGACACACACACACACACUAGCUUCACUCUUUCUGUUCUACGUUUGAUUACUUUCAGAAAACAUCAUGCGUAAGGCUCAUUUAAAGGGAUAGUUCUCUCAAAACUAAAAAUGUUGUCAUCCUUUACUUGUUUCAAACCUUAACAGAAAAUAUUUUGAAGAAUGUUGGAAGUAUUUGUUUUUCUGACUAUGAUGGUCGAUGGUUGUGGGUUUCCAGCAUUUUCCAAAGUGUCAUAUUUUUAUUUGCUUUGCGGAAUAAAUCAAUUCAUCAUGCUUUGGAGCCUCUUGAGGAUGAGUUGGUAGGAGUGAAUAUUCAUAUUUAUGUGAACUAUCCCUUUAAGUAGCUUUUCCAACUUUAAAGAGACAACAACACUCUUUUACUUCCUGAAAGUAUGAAGUGCCGCAUGCUGGUUUCAGCUUUUGGAAAGAGUAAAGUGAAACCAGGAUGCAAAUAAAAUGCACAAAAAUUUGCAUUUCAAAUGUUUUUCUCUGGUAAUUUUGAGAUGAUAUCAUUCAAAACACACGUAAGCAGGUUCAGUUGAGUUCUCCACAUGCAGUAAGUGAUCUGAAUAGCUUGUAAAGUUAAAUUGUGCUUCGAGUAGUGAAACACACAGACCGUGCUGUCAGUGUGUGUUAUUAUAAGGAUGAUCAACAUUAAUAUCUCCCUCUGCUGCUGCAGGACUGACUGUGCUGUUGCUGUUGUUUUGGUUUGAAUGUGUUUUGUUCUUGUUCGUGGCAGAAGGAAAGCCUUUGUGAUUCACAAACGGCGAAGUGAGAAAAUAAUCAAUAAACAAUUAUUCAUUUAUAUUAAACCAAAA